AUGAAUUCAACUUAAAACAGAUUUCGCAUAGGUCCUAUUUUUAAAGCAAAUGUUCCUAUUAUAAAUUUUGAAUAGUUGAAAAAGGAACAAUAAUAUUUAUAAUACGAAUUUCAGAAGAGCGAUUCACAUUAAAACCAUAUUGCAACAUUUAAUUCUCUCUAAGAACUCUAAAAAAAAGUAGACUUUUCAUUAAGAUACCCUAAAAAUAAUCAAUACAUUUUGAAGUAACAACCUAAAAUUAAAUUGUACAAUACUUAUCAAUUUCAGUGCUGAUAUUAUUUAACGCCCUCGAAAAUAAUUCCAGUCUUAAUGUUAGAAAUAAUUAGCUUCAAAUUCUGAAUUUAUAACUGAGAGAGUUUCAGAUUCUUCUUUUCUUUGGGACGAUAAUAAGAAUCGAUUCGGUAAGAAAGAUCGUCUUGGUAAACCUGCUAGGCAUCCAACCAAAUUAAAAUAAACUUUAGGUACUAUAAUUAAUUAUUUAAUGAUUUGAGACCUUAAAGAUAUUAGAGAAUUUUAAGCAUCUCAUAUGAAAGGNUAGCAGAGUUAAAAGAUUAUGUGCCACUAAUUAAUAGAUAUCUUUUUCUUCCAUAAAAAUAAAUGA